CUUCACCGUUUGAUUGAUGCUGGUAAUUUUAAGAUACCAAAGAAUAAUUUGGUGAGAUUAUUUACCAAAAUGAAAAAAAUCCAUAUUAUUGAUUGACUUUAAAAAGGAAACCCUAUGUUUCCAGUCUUGAUUUUUUUUGUAACAGAAUUUGUUUUUAACAUUAAAGUGAUAGAAAUAGAUAAUUAAAUAUAUUAAUAUUCAUUUCAGCAGUAAGUCAAUCCAGACAAUGACAUGGAGUGCAGCAGCAGAUGCCUAUAUGUCAACAUAUCCAAAUCUGUUUAUGUUAAUUGAUUAUUUACUGACACUGCCAUUAUCGUCAGUAGAUGCGGAACGAGGAUUUUCAAGCAUGAAAGUCAUAAAAAAUGAUUGGAGAUCACGUCUCGGGUGCCAGAAUUUAUCGGAUUUCAUUUUAGUUUCUCUGGAAACACUAUCUGUGGACAAAUAUGAUCCAACAUCUGCCAUUAAUGCCUGCAACACUGGAGGGGUUAGAACCAGAAGACCCUUUUACAAAGAUGAUCUUAAAAAGAACACAAGAGUUGAUAACAUUGUAUUGAUUGAAGGAGCUGAAAUCCCAGAAUUUGAGAUGGCUGAUGAGGAUCAAAAUGAUAUCUUAAUUGAACCAGAUCAUGCAGAUGUGUAUAUGUGUGCGGAGAAAUUAGAAAAUGAGGACGAGGAACAGGAUGAGGAUGAUGAGCUGUAUUACAGCAACAGAGAUAUAACUUCUCUUCAGAUGAAGUCGUACAGACUUUUUCUUGACCUUAUGCAAUAAUGAAAAAUAAAUUGAG